AGCCCAUGAGAGAGUCUUAGAUAGAGUUUCUCCCAGGCCUCCAGUGUUAUUAAUAAACACAAAGUGUGCCUCUGUUUUCCUGGAGACAGACACUGCAGACCUCUUCCUAACAGAAAACCGUGCUAACACAGUAACUGCCUGAACAUUUAGUCGGACUGCCAGUCAACAUUCUCUCAUGGAUGAUCAAAGCUCAGUACAGGAUGGAAACUCCAUGUUAUCUACUGAUGACUCACAUGUGCAGCUGAGACUUUCUGAAGAUAUCUCACCGAGCAACCGCACAGACUCUGAAACACUAGGUAGAUUUGCUCAAGAUCCUAUUCUACGCUCGGAACAGGUGGACAUGGAGAGCUUGGGUGAACUCUUUGAGCACUGCAUACAGCGAGUAUCCCAUCUAGAGAGGCAAAGAGAUGUGCUGAUACAGGAGCUUCUGGUUCUGCAGGAACCUAUGCAGCAAGUUGUGGGGCACCUGAGACCGAAGCUGGAGGGAACACGCAGGCUUCUCGCUCUGGCUCAGCUGGAUUAUGUUGCGGUUUGUGAGGAUGUGCAACAGGUAAAGAGGAAACUGUUCACCACAGCCAGAGACUGCAUCCAGAGCCAGGUGAAGCUAGCCGAGCAGGAGUACGAGGUGGCUCAGUCUGCUGUUACUCAGGAAGAACUCAAGGCUCAAAUUCAAAGUCUGACCCAGGAGUUGGUGCAGCUGGAGGACGCCCACCAGAACCAGCUCAAUUCCCUCCGUGAUCAGGCCACUAAGCCUUGCAGGCCCAGGGCCAUGAGUGACAUCAGCCAGUGUCGCCAGGCCUCCAUCAGACUGCAGCGAAGGCUCAGUGGCAGUGUGAAGAUGUUGGAAGGCUGGUACGAGCCUCGCCUCAUGGUUCUGCUGAAGAGAAGGCAGGUUGGGGAGGAAGCUUUGAGAAAAACCAGGGAGCAGGCAGUGGACCUGAGAACCGGGCUGAAGCCUCUGAGAGAGGAGAUACAGAGGCUGGAGGUGCAGAGAUCAUGUCUGGAACAGAGGAUCACUCUUUUGGAGACAGAGCGGCAGGAGAGCACUGCACAACAUAAGGAGACUGUGGAGAAACUAAGAAAGACUCUGAGAGAACUAGAAGUGGAGUUUGAAGUUCAGAGAAAAUCGAAGAAAGGCUUGGAAGAUCUUAAAGAUGGCCUUUUAGCAGAGCUGACAUUUCUGAGGGGCUGUGAACUCAGUGACAUUACAGAGGAAGAGUCAUAAUUUUCAAUUUCCAGAGGUUCCUCAUCAGACAUGAGACCAAAUCACAACGCUGACAUUACAUGUUUGAAAAUGCGGUCUACUUAAUGAAACGUCUUGUUGCUCGCUCACAUCCGACUUAACAUCUAAAGUGUUGUGCCAAGAAAACAAAGCAAACAGCUUUACUGUAAAUAUUUUUAUAUGAAUAUACUUAAGUACACAAAAGAUCAGAUGCAGAGAAAAUGCAGAGAAAAAAAACACAUACAAGUGACAACACAAUUUGGGGGAAUUUCUUACUACAAAUACCAGGCAAAUUAAAAGGAUCAACCUACAGUAUGUACAAUAACAUUUAAAAAUGGAUCUUCCACAGAAAUGUUUCUGCUCAACUAACCAAGAUGGAAGAAAUAAAACCAACAAAAUGCACACUUAGGUGAUCAUAAACAUGUCUGUGGUUUCAUCACGAGUCAGAUUUCAGUUCGAAAAACUAAAAAGAUCUAAAAACCUGAUCAUUAGAGACCUUUUCUUAAACAUGUCACGUGAUGACAUGGCAGCAUUUUAUUCUUUUAUUUUCUACAAAACACUGCUGCUCAAAAUGUAUUUUAAAAAGACUGCUUUUUCACCCAGUGCUGGUAAACGGAUCCAUUUUUAAUGAGCAGGUCAAAAGAAGAAGACACGUGGAGACCGGACUCAUGCCUGGACUUCUGAAUCUGCGGCACCUUCUGGGUCCUCGUCAUUGUAGAUAUUUUCAGCCUGCAGAUAA